AUGCUCCUGACACCAUCAUGUGACAAGCUUUUACAGCAACUCUUAAAAGUAGUGCCAGGGAUUGGUAUCGGACCUUGCAACCUAUAUCAAUUGGUUCAUUCUCGGAGAUGGAACAGUUGUUCACCGGCCACUUGCAGUAGUCGAAGAAUCGUUAGAACAUCAGCCCAGCUAAUGAGCAUGGUCCAAGGAGAAAGGGAGACACUGAAGAAGUUCAUGCACCGCUUCAACACCGCAACCCUAGAGAUCUGCAACCUAAACAUGGGGGUAGCUUUGGUAGCUUUGACCACGGCCCUGCAACCCGGAAACUUCCUGUACUCUCUAGGGAAGAAGCUGUCGGCUGAUAUGGGAAAAUUGAUGGCUCGAGCACACAAGUACAUCACCUUGGAAGAAAUGAUGGACACCAGGGGAAAUCACAUCGAGCUCAAAAGGAAAGGUAGUAGUCGGGAGAUGGGAGAACCUUUUAGACCAAAAAAGAGACAAGAGACCAGUACGCUGCUCGCCAACUCUGAGUCAAGAGGGCAGUCAAGUAAGUUCUCCAUCUAUAUACCUCUAAACACACCGCGGUCCGAUGUGUUGAUGCACAUAAGGAAGAAGGACUAUGUUUCAUGGCCUGAACCUAUGCGAACCACUUCAUACAAAUGCAACAUGUCCAAGUUCUGUCAAUUCUAUAGGGAUCAUGGGCACGAUACAGAGGAGUGUAUUCAGCUGAAGAACGAGAUUGAAGCCUUGAUCAAAAGGGGAUACUUGUCGAGAUUCAUAAAGAAGGAAGAUCGACAAGGGGAAUCUCGAGAACAGAAAAAAUGGGGAUGA